GGGCUGGGAGCGGACACAAAGCGCGGUGGUCGCGUCUGUGUGGUGCAGCAGACGCGGCGCGUGGAAAAUUAAAAUGCGAUGGUUACGCGGUGAGCGUUUUUAUUUUGAAAAUCGGUUCAGUUAUUUUCACGCCUCUUUGUUAAUAUCUCUAACAGUUGAUAGGUUUUUUUUUCGGCUGCACAGAUGUAGCUUAAUUACGGUGGUAGAAACGAGGUCAGAACCGCAGCUGCUGUGUGGUACUGUAGCUAAUCUCAAGUAGAUGUGAUCUCUUAUUAAAGAUAUAUAUAUAUAGAUAGACUGUAUAAAUUGAUGCUUCUAAAAGAAAGAUGAGUAACAACUUCUCCAUUCCUUUGCCUGCAUUAAGUCUGGUUCUUCUGAUUGUAGUGCCUUUUGCCAUAUCCACAAAUGAAGUGAUGGCCGUGCGUGGGGCAGACCCAUGGCUGCUGCUGUACUGCAAAUGCAGAACUGUGUCUCAGGACAUUUUUGCCGGUGCUCUGUGUGCAUGGAGAUGGUUUUUUACGUGGCCAAGUACUGCGUUUUGAGAACUUGUGUUUGCAGUAGCCUGUCCAGUGCUACAUACAGCACUUCAAAGAGACGUGGAAGCAUAAGUUUGCGUCACAGAAAUGAACGUGCAUCAAACAGGUGGUCAGGAGAGGGAGAAAAAGCAUAAGUUCUUGUUGGAAACUUGUUGUGCAGUGAGCCUGGUGACUCUGGAAGAGUUAGGAGUAAUAGCUCUGAAAAUGGCUUAGUUCUGUACUGAGGAAAAGGUAGGAAUGAUUAGAUAUUAGUGAGAUAUUAGCAUUAGGUUUACCUCGUGGUAAUUUAAGACUAAUCAUGUUUUACUGACAAGCUGUUGGGACUUCUUGUAACCACUUCCUGCUUGCACAGAAAUCACUGUACUAACAGAACAGAAUUGGACCUGUGCUAGGUUGAUAGAAUUAGCAUUACUGAAAUCAUAUGGCACUGAUGGGAAGGCCCACUGUUGCUCUAGAGGGUUCCAAUGGGUUAGCUCACUUUACACAGUGGUAAGGCCCAGCCUUCGGUGCAGCAGCUAGAGCACAGCCAUCCUGUGUAAAGGAGCAGGCUGAGCAACACAGCUGGCAAAACAGUGCUGGUUUGCAAGGGGCGUUCCUGCUGCAGGAGGACUCCUUGUUUGUUCCUGUUCUUGCAUGUAUUGGACAGUAUUGCAGGAGCCUCCUAUGCAUUCGGGAGCUGCCUGUAAGCGGCCACAAAGUGAAGAUAAGGCUUUGUAUUUUAGCACCUUCCAGUGGGUUCAGCAAAAAGUAGCAACUGAGGUUCCAGUUUUCCAUCCCCUUCAGGAAUGUGUGAUGUUGCUCAUUUUAAGUUAGCAGACCUCACUGUGCUCAGGGGAAAGCCUGGUGCUGAUCUCUAAGAUGACCUGACCAGGUUAGGGGAGAGAAGCUGCAACCUGUACCGGAUAGGAUAGAUACUAAUGUUUAAGCUUCCUCACCCUAAUGAGGGUCAGGAUGUGCUCUUUAGUUACAGCUCUUCUCAUUCUUGGAAGUCUGUUUCUUUUGAUGUGCCACCUUAAAAAAAUAUUCUUAGAAUUGCCUCAGUAAGCUGCAGUUUCUUACUUUGUGUGCUUUUUCUGCAUAGUUUGUGAUGUAACAAUUAAGAACUUCUCGUUUACCUUCCAAUUAUAUUCAUAAGACACGACUACUGAUGAAUAAACAAUGGAUUGUCAAACAGGGAAAAUCAGCUGUCUGUUGCCUGGUCGGGUGCAGGAAAUGCACUUAUGGAGGUAGUUGUGUGUGCAGAACCAAGAAGCCAUUGGAGCCAAUGAGACACGCUUACAAUUGCAGGUGUUUGGAGGAGAGUAAGCCACAGUAACGGUGUGCAUAUGACAUGACAGCCAGUGGUAUGAGUGCCCAUUGCGGGGUUUGAAAAACUCGGCGUGUGCUUCUGUACUCUUGGAAGUAGUGUAAAAAGGAGCAGAUACAGCAGUGGAAUGCUGGUUUUGUAACAGUGGCCUGCUUUGAUUCUUUGUGUCUUUUUGUAGCAUCCAUUAUUAGAAUGAGAGGCACUUGAUUUUUCCUGGGUUUCUGGAUUUAUAGUAGCCCUUCUGCAAGUUGUGUCACCUUGCACUGAUGGCUUCAGUAAACGAACUCCUGCUGCUUUAUCUGAUUUCCUGUGUGGAAUGAUAGUUUCCAGUAAGGAGAAAGCAGUGAUGGUCAUUGAGGCUUCUCACAUUCCCAGAUGGGUGACACCUUCCCAAAAGAGUGUCUGUGACCCUAAGAUGAAGUUUUUGUUCCCUUCCAUAAACUGAAGUCCGCCUGUGAAGGUAAUUCUGAUCUGUGACUCAGUGUUUUCUCUCAGAAGUUAGGGCGUGCUCCUCUGUUUGGAACUUCGGGUUUCUUCUCUUCCUUCCAACUGCUGCUGGCAGAUCGGUCCCCACGGGGACACCCGUGAGCUGGAACGGCCUCCCAGGUGGAGAACCUUUCCCACAUGAGCAGUAGCUGUAAUUACCAGAAUAACUCUAACUGACCUAUAUUAGAAGUUAGAGCGGUAACGUGACCAGCGGUUAUGUGUAAGGUUAGGAACUGCAUUUUAAAGGGAGCCUGUGUCCCUGAGGGAAUUCCAAAAGGUUGUGUGGGGGUUCUCCAUAGGCUGUAAGGAAAGAGGCAACCUUUUCCUUCAGUAUUCAGCCUGAGCUUGAGAAACUUGAGAAAUACAUUUCUGUUCUGAAACGUACGCUCUGCUUACUGCAAGUUCAGUUUAUUUAGAGCCCAGCUUACAGGUGUAAAUACACUUAAACAUUUUUUAAAAGUUAAUAACUUCUUAUAUAAAAUGGUAGAACUGUAGGGUAUGUGUUGCACCUUGCUGUGUAAGGCCCUGGGGAAGCUGAGGUGCGAAGACAAAACUUCUCAGUGCUUCCUAGUGAACUGUCAAAGCGUGCCCACAUUCCAGUGAACUCUGUCAAGGCUCAGAUUAGUCUUCGUACAAACACAACAAAACCAACCUUCUGUCACAUUUCAACCCGUCAGUUAAUUUGCAGUGUGUCAUAAAUGCUUUUUUCAGAAACUGAGUCACGGUGUGGUUCCGCAGGCCGGGCUACCAGGCAGCUCGCUCAGCUGAGGUUUGGCUCUGUCCCGGGCAUGGGCCUCGGCCAUCUGACCUGCCAGGGGGCUGCAGCGGGCACAGUGCUUUCUUCUCCCCCUUUCUGCCCCACUCCUGCAUGCUGACACUAUUAGGAGUUCAGCUGGCUGAGGGGUGGGUCAGUGUGGAAGUUCUUGAGAGCCUGCAGCGUGGGGACAGAGUGGGAAAUGGUAGGAAACAAGAGAAAGUGGAAGGCCUCUGGUGCCUUUGAGCAGUGAUAGCGGGGGCAGGAUCUUACAUCAGUGCAGCUGGUUUUGUGGAGCUGCACCCUUAAGGUAAUUAAUUCUGUGUUCUUUUAUCAAGAUUUGAGAGUUUGUACAUCUCUAGAAAAGUGUUGUUUUCCCUUUCUUGGCAUUGUACCAAAUUGUAACCAAAAAACUGCGGCUGGCUGGUUGUUCUUUAGCUUUUCCUGUUCAGUGAGUGCUGUCAUAAUCUUCAGUCCGUGCGGGAGCAGACUUAGUAAUAGCUUCACACUAGAACAAAGCUUCUAGCAAACUGCAAAAUGUGGGAUAUAGUCAUUAAGUCUCUCCCUGUCAUCAGAUUCUUUAUCCCAACAUAACAUGAUGAUCUUUAAUUAACUGCAGAUGUAGAAUUAUCUUGAGUUCAUUGGAUGUUAAGUUUCUUCCAGCUGCAGGGUAUAGAGGGAGGGGUAUCUCAAGGACAUUUCAGCUGUCCUGUGUAUCAGUCACUGUACUGAUAACUCUGAAAGUUCUAGAAGGUCAACAUUAAAAUGCAUUGCAAGGCAACAUCCGGAGCCUUCUCUGAUGUAUCAUACAGCGUAUAAACUGUUGGUAGGUAGUAAGAAGCUUGUAUGAAACCUCAGUAGAAAAAAAGAAAUAUGCUUUUUUCUUUUGCCCCGUCCCUGGGGUGCCCAGCGCUGGGAUGGAUGGGCACAGGGCAGCCAGCACACGGCAGGGGCUGCGGCUGGGUGGGCUGACGGGUCCCUUCCCUACAGCGUUCUGUGCUUCAUCUGAGCUUAACUGAAAGAGGAGCUAAUGCAUUAUUGGCAAUAGGCUAAGAUUGUCUUACCGAUAUUUUGCAGUCAUUUGUAUAGAUAACUACUUUAUUUGUAUUGUUUUGUUUUCAAAUGCCAACCCACUGUUGAAAUGAACAUGUAGAAGAAAAAAUGCUUUUGAAAAUAUGGUAUGUUCCUAACUGAUAGAAAGCUCUACUUUGUGCUGUUUGCUGACAGAAAGCGCUUCUACUUCAAGUGCCUUUCAAUCUUCAGAGCUCUGGUUCAGGUGAUGCUUUUAAACUCACUUCUAAAGGUAUUUUAUUUUGUUAAAAGUUCUGAUCCCAUUUAACAGUCAGGUCAUUUAGGUUUGUUCAGACUGUUAAUCACCUCGACUGUUAUUUUGAAGGCAUACUUUUACUUUGUUCACAGUAAAUGCUGGAGAAAAAACAAGUUGUAGUUCCUGUCAGGUAUUUGUAAUGUAUGUCAUUGUUGGAGUUCUAAGAGCUUCUUUUUUGUCAUUAUUUUCAAAAUGAAAAUGACUGUGUGAGAAGUGCACCAUGUCCCACUCCGUGUAUGUAAUGCUCUGAAUGCACCCCACAGGUGGCUUUUUGAAGUAUUUAACUAGGUGCCGAGCCAGGUGCUGCAUGGACAUUGAUGUACCUCUUUUUUUCCAGUUUGGGGCCAUGUUUAUUCCUCAUAAGGGGUAAAACUGGGACUGCCAUCUGAGGAGGUUCAGAAAAAGAAGUUGUCCGAUGGGAUCUUCUUGAAGAUGUACAAAAUCCUGAAUUUCAGUUUCGUAAUCUUGAUGCCAGAGCUGGGUUUUGUUCUCUGUAGUACAAAUAAGCUCAUCUCAUUCGCACAUAUGGAUUUUUAUUUUUCUUUUUUUUUUCUAACUAGAAUUUUAGUUGUUUUUACCACAAUUUCUUCAAAAAGGAGUUGAAUGCCAACAUGCUUUUCAGGAAGGUGACGCACUUCCUAGGAGCAGGUGGAUUUCUGCUGCGUACUUUGUGAUUUUCAAGUUGUGCUGGUCUGAAAACGGAGAUACAAUGAGGCGACAUGUGCAUAACAGGUGGUCUAAUCCAUGUAGAUGCUGUGCAUAAAUUAGUGGUUUAAAACAGAGCUUGUAUUGAUUAAUGAGGAGUCUUUCUGUCGCUGCAGUCUUCUGAGAUCAGUGUGGUAGUGCUGCAGCUUCAAAGUUAGUGUUACAAAGAGGGGUGUGAAGAACCCGAGCUAUUUUCUAGCCGAGGCAGGCAUGAUACGGGUUGGUUUUGGUGGUGUUGAAACUGGUGACACUUUUACUUGUAGCUGACCCAGCAACUUGGGACCAUUUCCACUCUGUAAUACUCUCGAUUGAGUAAAUCGAAAAAGCAUUCUUUGGUCGUAAUAAAAAUCAGUAUUAAAUAUCUCUAUCUGUGUUUCAUGAAGACAUUUCCUUAGCAUUUUAGGUGGUCUCCAAUAGUUGCCUUAAUUUGUAGGUGUUUGAUACUGACAUCACCCUGACAUAAAUUACACUUUGUGUUGUGGGGAGGUGGCCUGUGAGGCUGGGGAGGGCCUUUGUGAAGCUAUGUUAUGCCAAGUACUGGUCAGAAUUCGAGGAAAUUAAAGAAAUCCAGGAUGUUUGCUGCAGAUUUAUUGUCAAGGGCUGAAAACAGACUGUCCUGGUGUUAGGUUUUAGCCAACAUAUGUAUGUUAAAGGAAUAAUUUAAAGUAUGACUUUGGACCAUAGAAAAUAAUGUAGAAAGGAGUAUACAGGUAGCAUUUUUCUCAGAUAACUGUUUUCCAUUCUGCAGUGUUUCUUGUACUGGAGUUCUGCUUCAGUAUCGCUUCUGAACAGGUCUGUCUUUUGACUUGUGAUGAAGGAUAUGUAUAGAGAACUAAACUAACUAAACUGGAGCUCAAUCUACAUUUCUGUAAAUUUACUGUUCUCAGUGUCUUUUCAAUGGCAUCAGUGUAAGUGAUUGAGCAAUGUAAGUUCUAGAAGAAAUCACACCUAGGAGCGGACACGGUUGUACGGUUCUGUUCUCUCACAGAGCUGUACAGUACUUGACCAAAAGGUAAAAUCACGGGAGCGGAUUAUAAACCAAGGUUAGAUCAUGGAGACCUUCAGUUCAAGUAAAGCAGUCUGUGUGUGUCGUGUGCUUUGGGCUUUAUGCGUCCUUGUUUCAGUGGAAACCAGCUCAGGAACAAAAAGGUAGAGUUUUAUUUCUCUGUCUGGUGCAAGCUGUCAAACAGCAAUUCAGAACGAAGAGAAUCUCCAUUUUGAGGCCAUCUGUGUAAGUUCUUUUUUCUGAACCUGACAAGGGGUCAUGGCAGAUGGUGGGGUCACAAAGUCUGGCUUCUUGAGGUUGACAAAAUGUGUUCAUAAAGCUGGAAGAAUACCAACUGUUUGUACUGUCUGAAAAGCACUGUGGCAAAUGACUGUCAUAGUUUAUGGAUGAUACCUUCUGGAUCACUAAGCUUGAUGGCAAAUAACAUGUCAAAGAUUAAACUAGUUUGCCUAUCUGUCAGCAUGUUGAAACUGCCUAGAAAAUGUUUUCUUAGCUAUGUUUUAUUUGAGUAAAUUGCUUGUAAAACCUAUUGAAGUGAGACAGGGAAGGCAAACUGCAUCAUAAAUUUUGGUCCAGAGCUCCAGAUGAUGUAUUUGGAAGGUGUGUGUGGAAGGAGGAGAAAGAGAACGGAAUGGCAGAAUCCUAAUUUUCAAAUGUGGUGCAGGUUGUCAGUGUAUGCUCUUUGCUGUGGACCAUUGACACUGCGUGGCUUUUCUUUGGCAACUUCCCAGGUUUCAAGAUGGCUACACGGAUCUAGCAGUCCCUUUUCCCCAGGAACAUUAAUAGAUAACUCUCUAUAUUCUUACAAUUAUAUCCCUACCAGAUAAAAAUGCUUCUCAUUUUCUUGGAGAUUUUGUUGUGGAACUAAAACUAAAAGCUCUUUUUGCUACAGUAUGUCUUAGUAGACAGAUCGUGUGGUAUUUGGAUGCUGGAAUAGCUGCUUGAUCACAGCUGCAGCAGAUCGGGGCAGCAGGGGAGGUAGAUAGAGCUCAUUCAGUAGGAAAGGGAGAACACUACCGAAUGGAGUAGCAUGUUUUCCUUUAACUCUAGUAGCAGCUGAAGUGAUGCAAUAUCUGAAUAAACUAAGAGAUCUGUAGAAAGCCUGAUGGAGUUCAAGGAGCACAAAAUGAAUGAAUGACUGAAAAGAUAUGGCAACUGAAAAGGUUCGUUAUUCAAACAUUUAUUCAUUCUCAGAACCAUUAAAUAGAUAAAUAGAUACAUAAAUAAAAGGAUGUGACAGUGGAGAAGGUUUAGUACUUGAAUGUCUUUCCAGAACUGUCUCCCUAAGACCUCUGAACUUAAACCUAUAAAAGGUGCUGCUGUCCCAGCUGCCAGCAGUGGGUCCCAUACCGUGGUGCUGGCCCACCACCUGCAUGUGCCCCAUUACAGCUGCAGGUGCCGUAUGGGGCUGCCCAGCCGGCAGUAUCAGCAUGGCUGCUGCUGGAAUGGCCUUUUUAAAUGAUGAGGUUAGGAGGGCCCAAGGAUCCUGCCGCUCUCCUGCCUGUGGGAGCUGGGGAGACUCCUGCUGUGCUGGGCCAGUUGUAAAUCUGGAUGCCAUGGAAGGUGAGGGAGGAGAGGUGGCACCCAAAGUCUGGUUGUUGCUUGGUGACAGCAGGGAGGGGGAGCAGAGUCUGGUACUUCUUCCUCCCUGCUGCUGCAGCACAGCCUGGCCCGGCUGGAGCAGCUUCGGCUUAGCUGGUGACUAUCUUCCUGUGCUUGAGUGGCAGAGGCCCUGUGGGUGCCACUGUCUCUCUGCUUUCUUCUGCUGACGUCAGGCUUCUCUCUGGCCCAGCGGCUGCUCCCUGCAUGGCCUGAGCACCUGGGCUGCUGCACAGGUGUUUCCUUUUUAGACCUCCCUGUGGGGCAGGGGCAGCCAGGGCUCUUGUCAGGGCAACUCGUCUUGCAAUGUUUGAGCAGUUGUGGGUUAUCUCUCUUUAAGUAUGAGUGGCAGUAGAGGAGUAACUAAAAAAUGCAAAGGAGAAGAGUUAGUUGCUGUCAAUUUAGGACUGUAAGAUACCAGAACUAAGGCUUUUAAUUGCUAAAGACAAGCAUGGGUAUUAAAAAGGUGUAUAGGUCGGUUUAAUCGUACAGUUUAGGCUGACUAAAACAAGGUAUGUUGCACAUAUAUGGAAAUAAAUAAACUCAUCAUAUCCUGGUUUAUUUAUCUUUCUGUUCCAUGGUUUCAAACUUGGAUAUAACCCAAAAAUAUUUUAUCCGUAUUGGUACUACUCAGCAGUGCUACCUCUAAAAUACCUGGCAACAGCCAGAGAAAUAAAUGAAUAUCAGAACAUACACUGUCAUCCUCAUCUCCUCUGUUACUAAGGUUUAUUUUGUUGGAACCUCCAUCCCUCCCACCAGAAUGUUGUGAGAAUUGGUUUGUGUGUGAAGCAACUAAUGUACCUUCCUACAAGCAGCAAGUGCUUCCUCCUCUGCCAGGAAUUCAGGAAGGCCUUUUGUAGGUGCAGUGUUUUUUUUCUAGUUUGUUUCCAUUUCUGGCAAAUGUUCUGUGAUUUCAAUAGUGUGGCUUCUGCAAGGGAGUAGCUGUGUAUCCGAGUGAUGCUCUGCCAUGUCAGCAGUCUCCCGGAGGUCCAUUCCAACUUGGGUUCUUUGGUUCUCUCAGUCUGGUACUUCAUCUGCAUUAUCCAUAAUCAUGAAUGCAGUGUCAGUAGAGUCUGUCAUGAGCAACAUACACUACUGAAAUCAUUUUUGGCCCAUUCUUAGAAGGGAGGUGAUGAUACUGGUCGUGCUCAAAGCUUGCAGGGUUUGAAUUUCAAAGGAAACAGCAUAGCUUGUACUUGCUAUUGCAGCUGGUGAGUUCUGCUGUAAGUGGUUGUGACUCACAGUAACCACUUCAGGUGUUUUCUAAGAUUUUUCUGAAUCAAUUCCACUCUUGAAAGUGUGAGCAUUUCUCCCUUGUGCAUCUAAGCACAAUUCAGAUGUCUUUUUCGUCCCAUUUAUUAACAGCAAGUGGUACUUACAAAGUACUUUCAAAGUACUUGAACAUUUUGUCGGAUUAAUUCUGUCUCUAAAAUGGUUCGUGCUGCCACUGUUUGUAAUUUGUCUUUUUUUUUUUUUUUUAAGGCUUCUGGGAGAUUUGAUUAAAAAAAAAAAGUCACUUUAAGUAUUCUUCAGUUUAUCAGAAUGUUUAUCUUCCCUGGAAUUUUAAUGUAAUUCUAAUUACAAAGGCUUGAAAAUAUUUAAGAAGGUGUUGGUUUUAAAGAUUCUGUGAAGAUGAAAAGGGAUAUCUUAUGGUUUUACAGAAUAUAGAGCAAGACCUUCUGACAUGACGGCAAAAAAUGUUGGUGUGACUUCCACAAAUGGAGACUUGAAAGGAUUUAUAGAUCAGAACCAGAGUCCAACAAAAGGUAAUAUUUCAGUAAUCACACUACCAGUUUCCAGUACCAACUCCCCAACAAAGAUAUUGCCAAAAACCUUAGGACCAAUCAAUGUGAAUGUUGGACCCCAAAUGAUAAUAAGCACAUCACAAAGACUGACCAAUUCAGGGGGUGUUCUGAUUGGGAGUCCGUAUAACCCAGCUCCAACGAUGGUGACGCAGACACACAUAACAGAAGCUACUGGCUGGAUUCCAGGGGAAAGGAAGCGAACUCGAGAAUUUAUAGAAUCGGAUUUUUCAGAAAGUAAAAGAAGCAAAAAAGGAGACAAAAAUGGGAAAGGUCUGAGGCAUUUCUCCAUGAAAGUAUGUGAAAAAGUUCAACGUAAAGGAACAACUUCAUACAAUGAAGUUGCUGAUGAGCUGGUAUCAGAAUUCACAAAUUCCAACAGCCACCUAGCUGCGGAUUCGCAGGCUUAUGAUCAGAAAAAUAUUAGACGGAGAGUGUAUGAUGCCCUUAAUGUGUUGAUGGCAAUGAAUAUAAUUUCAAAGGAGAAGAAGGAAAUCAGAUGGAUCGGCCUUCCCACAAACUCAGCUCAGGAAUGUCAGAAUCUAGAGAUAGAAAAACAGAAGCGGAUUGAACGGAUAAAAGAGAAGCGAGCCCAGCUACAAGAACUGCUGCUGCAGCAAAUAGCAUUCAAAAACUUGGUACAAAGAAAUCAGCAAAAUGAACAACAAAAUCGAGGCCCCCCAGCAUCAAACUCCACAAUACAGCUGCCUUUCUUAAUCGUCAACACUAGCAAGAGAACCGUUAUUGACUGCAGCAUAUCAAGUGACAAAUUUGAAUACCUCUUCAAUUUCGAUAAUGCUUUUGAGAUUCAUGAUGACAGUGAGGUGCUGAAGAGAAUGGGAAUGUCCUUUGGGCUUGAGGAAGGCAAAUGCUCAGCUGAAGACCUAAGAACUGCAAAAUCUCUGGUGCCAAAAGCUUUAGAAGGCUACAUCACUGAUAUGUCUACAGGAUUGUCAUGGAUGAACCAAGGAUUACUUUCAGCACAAGCAGUUUCACAUUCAGAGAUAGCAGGAGGCACUUCUGAUUCAAAAUCAAGUGAGAAUCCAGGGUUGUGUUUGGAUACUGAAGUGGCUUUAGCAACUGGGCAGUUUCUUGCCCCUAGCAGUCAGCAGUCCAGUAGUGCAACAUCACGCUACUCUGAAUCACGGGGAGAAACUCCAUGCUCAUUCAAUGAAGAAGAAGAAGAGGAUGAAGAUGAAGACGACCCUUCCUCCCCAGAGUAAAGACAGUGAAAAAAAUGGAUACACAAAAUGCUGCUCAUAUAUAUUCUUAAUGGGAGCUCACACUUGGAUUUUACUUAGGUUUCUUGCCUUGGUUUGCACUGUGCUCAGUGAAGCAAAAUGGAAGCUUCAAAAUAAAUUAACCCAAAGCUGAAAUGGGAAACUUUUUAUAACUGAACAGAGUGACAUGCAGACACAGAGCAAAGUGGUAUUUUUUAUCAGCUACAACCAAGGAAAAGAACAAAGUCCCUGGAGAUACAGCAAAGUAAACAUCAAAGUUUGUAUUUUCCAUUUUGGGAUAUUCUGUCUCAAGUCUCUGUCUUCAUCAUAUCUUUACCAGAUGGGGAAGAAAAAGCCAAUUCUUGUGUUGUCUUUUGGAUGUUCUACCUUUAAAAAAUAAAAAAUAAAAACCAGGGGGGAGGGAAGGGGGGAGGAAGAGGGAGCACAUGGAUGUGCUAAAAUAGCUAUUUAAAACUAUCCUGUAUGAAAACUGUUGUAGGGAAAAGGAGCUGUUAGAAUAUUUGCUUUUUUUCUGUUCAACUUGCUGUAUUGAAGAUUCUUAAAGUAAUAUAAAUUGCAGGUUAUUAAAUCAAUCUUGGAUUAGCUUAAAUCCAUUUUAGAUACUCUAAAAGUAGCUUUUCUCUUUUGAAAGGUUCAUAUGUUUGUUUAUACUGCAAACCUAACUUAUUACAAGUGAUUAUUAGCCAUUAUUAAGCAGUCGGCAUAGAAACAGUAUUCUCUGCACCAGCUUUUUUCAAGGAAAGAAAAGUGGAAACAAUGAUUUACGGAUUACAGCACAUACUAUAGAACUUCUCUUUUACUGUUCAGGCAUUAUAGUCCAUUUGACUUUAUAGCAUGAAUAUUAAAAAAGCAAAAAAAAAACACAAACAAAGAGGCCUCUACGUAUCAAAGAUCUCAGGCAGUAUGAUUUCAAGUCAGGUAAUGGAAAGUUCAGAUUUUUAGGAAAGAAUAAAUUUUGACAAUAUGCAAUUUUAUGUUUUGCAUUCUAGUCAUCAUGGGUUGAUAGAUAAUUUACUUCUGCUGCACACACCUCAACGCGCCUUUGAAAAACAUUAGUAUUGAACAAGUUAAAAUGAUUUGGCUGAAGUUAUACAACAUGAAUUCCCUUUGAACUGUUCAAUUAUACUUAAAACAAGUGGCUCCAUACUCUGUAUUUAACAUCACACUCACUCACAAAGACCUUUUUAAAAAUCCCUGCAUAACAGCACAACGCUGUAGAUGUACGGUUCUCAUAGUGUUCCGACAUCCAAUAUUUGAAGUAGCCCCAAAGUUAACUAGUUUCAGCUCAGUAAAUAAAAACAGUGUUUCUUUUUAGUUUCGUACUGUAUGUCAGUAAUUGACCUUUUUCUAAGUACCAGUAUAGUACCUGUCAGAUCUCAGUGGCACUGUCUCUGUUAUGUAAAGAUUAGGCAGCUUAGAAUACUGUAUUUGCUUGAGCAGUGGCAACACAUUGCAGCCACUGACUGCUGCAGCUGUUACUCAGGCACAGCAUGGGCUGUGUCCACCUCAGCAUUUACAAAGCCACACGCAAGCCAAGGUGACCCAAAAGCACUCAGCCUAAGAUAGGAAGGUGAACCAGCACUUCAGCUAAAAAAAGAUGGCUGUUGUACAGAUGUUAUGACUAGCUACACACAGGACAGGUAAAACUGCAAGAAGCAUACAGAUACACCUACAUGUUCUCAUUAAAAAUCAUCCACGUCGAAACUUUUUGUAUUCAACAUUAGGACAGCACCAUUUUUAAGACAUACAGCUCUUCUCCGGGAAGGCAAAGCAAUCUAGCUUAUACAAAUGAUAUGCAAAUACACAAAAAAGAAAAACCACAUGCCUACCCUGUUAUUCAUCCUCCAGGCAAGACUGUUAGACUGCCCUAUGCACAUGGCUCACAGGCAACAGCAGGCUGAGAUUUACACCACCUCACUGCAACCAAAUCUGUAAUGCUACCUCUCUAUGAAGAAAAGCUUUACAAAGAGAAAACGAUAUUCUCACAGAGAGAGUCAAUGUACUUGACUAAAUGGUGAGAUAAGACGACAAGGUGACUGAUGCUCUGGACAUACCAUUAGCUACAUGAAUGGCAUUUCAUUUAAACAGGCAGUUGCCUUUAUUCAUGAAAAUAUAUUGUCCUCUCAGCUUUCAUUGGACAGGCCAGAGGGAAGGUACCCAAUGUACACAGGACAUCCUGAGGCACUUUAAGAGGGGGGCAGCAUUUUCUCAAGUAAUUAUUCCUCACCCCUCAAUAUUUUAUGGACAAAUCUAGUUGUAUGCUUUGUUCAUGUUUCCCCACUCAAAAUCUGCAUAAAAAGUAACAACAGCAAAGCAUUCAACAACUUCUGAAGAGCUUGAGGUACUUUGAAAUAUAAGAUGCUGACAAAUUAAAAAAAAAAAAAAAAUCUUGCCCAGAAAUAGGAUGUAUUUCAUUGUGUAUUUUAUUAGUAGUCAGAGUGCUUGGCAGGAGGAAGAUCUUCAGUCAUACCUCGCUCCCACUGAUGUCUGUUUCCAUCAGCACAGCUACUUGCUCUCUAGGCUAACUCAAAGCUAGCAACUUUUUUUUUUUUCCCCUACUGUUCAAUUUAGGAGCACAUAAUAUUUACGCAGUUGAACAGAGACUUUUAUAAGUUAUUUUUCUGAACUAGUGGAAUACAAAGGACAAAACAAGUUAGAACACUUAGAAGAAACUUCAAAAGGAAAUUCUUUCCUUAGGAUUCUUUGUGCCAAGUUACAGCUGAGGAUGGAGUUCAACUACAGCACUGUGUUCCUGUGGUUACACCGGAGCCUGGGAACUAUGAGAGCCCUGGGCCUUAUCCAACCAUAGUCACUCAUGUACAAUCUCAGGCACGCCUUUCAGUCUCUCUAGUUGAGCUUAAUUGACAUUAAUAAAUACAAUAAAGUAGGGAAACGCAGGACAAGACCUCACUAAAUACAGAUGAAGUUGCAUCUGCCUUAAGCUCAGAGUAAUUAAUGAACAGCAAAGGGAUUAAGAAUAUUAACCAACCCCACUGCUCCCACUAAGCUAGCGGCAGUAGUGCUCAGCUGCUUCAACACAGCAGCCUUCCCUGUGUCAGCCAGCAGCUGGGAUUUUCAACAAUAAAAUGCUCAGAAGCAAAACAGGCUCUCAUUUUCUAGUCAAGUAGCACCAUAUUCUGCUUGCUUGUGCUGAGUAUUCACAGAUACGAAACAGGGUGCAGCCCGCACCAGCAGGUGACUCAUACAAGGCAGAGUUAGUAUUUGAUUUUUCAUACAAAUUCUAUUUGACCUUUUUCCAUCCCUUGGAAUGCUGUUUCCAAAUGCUUAUACAUUCAGCAGCGUAAUGCUAUGUAUAAACGCUAUUUCACAUAUUGCAGUAAAAAAAAAAUAAUCUAAAUUUGACUUAAAGACAACACGGCAGCAUCACAAACUAGGUGAAAAGUGAUGAGCAGCAGACAGCAUACUUUUAGCAUUUGAAACUGAUAAAAUAUAUGUGGAUUUUAGUUCUAGAAGUUCCAUUACUGCAUGUGAAUGUUCUUACUUUGCUGGCAACAAUCCACCUAAUCUAAGACAGUGCAUGUAUGUGAGUUAAGGUUAAAGCACACGCUAUCUGUUCAGCUGCAGUAACUGUUCCAUUGAAUGUACACUGCCGCACACCGCAGCUCAGAUAUUUCCAUCCUGGCUGUAGCCCCAUUCCCAGCUGGAAGUUGCUGAGUGUACAAAAUACCAACAGAAGGACUCGUGCUGAACAACCAAGUCAGCCUGAUGCAGCAUGACAUACAUGGGCCAAAGAACCCAGCAUAUUUUAGAAACAAACAAACAAGUUUAUACAUAAGAUGAUGUGUGAAUUUAGAACUCAACAGUUAAGGUUAUAAAUGCCAAGUGCUCUUUCUACUGACUACACCCAGUACUUUAAAUGAAGAGCGUGGCUGAAAGUGAAUCGCAUUUGUAACUAAACACUGGGCAGUACUCGUUUUUCUAAUUAGCUGCCUCUUUUCAGCUGUAAAUUAUCCAGGCACUUCAUAGAGAAGACUUCACUUCUAAUGAGUUAAAGACACACAGGCUUGGGACUCAUUUAAAAACAAAGCUCGAGUGUUUAGUAAAUAAACCAGUUCUCUUCUGACUGACCUACCUAAUUUGCAUUUUCAUUAACCUAGUUUUCAUUGCAAGAAUACCUCUGUUUCAGGAGCAUAUUAUAAAUAACCAAAUAUAAUGAGGCUGGGAAGAGAUGAUGACUUUUUUUAUGUUUUAAGAAUUCUCAUCAUAGCCAUACUUCGGGGCAACAUCUUUCUGCUUCCUGCACGCUUACUUCGUCUUAAAGGAAGAACUUUUCUGCUGGCUGUUCUUCACAUAAAUCCCAGUACCCUGGAACUCCUUGGAACUCUCAUUGCUUAGACUUCACUGAGUUCAUAGAUUCCCUCUCCUGCUUUUCUGUCCAUUUACUUCAGCGAGUGUUUUUAAGAGGCCACGCAGGGCUGAUGCCAGGACCCAGGCACCUGCCACUGCCAACCUUGUUCCCAGUGGUUCCUCCCAGCUCCGUGCAGCUGCUCACACAGGCAGUGCACUCUCCACAGGCCCCUUGCCAGGCAGCACUGACUGUUACCCCCUGCUCCUUAGGUCAGCCAGCCAGAACAAAUGGGUUUUUCCCACUUAGAUCUCUUUGACAGUAUCCAAUAAUUUAGGAUAUCUGCUUAAGUCACAAAUCAAAAAUCCAUGUUCACAUUUGGGCAGAAGCAUCUUUACUAGAAUGUGGUACCCCACUUAAUUUUCAGACUUCAGACAUAAGAGACCACAGGCCAACAAGAAGCAGCUACAUACAAUUUCAAUUCAGCUGUAGAUUUAAAUUAAACUCAACUAUGCAGUAUUCAGGGAACUUUUCUGAGACAAAACGAGCCUUUCCCUGUGACUUGUUUUGUAAUAACCCACACUGCUACCCAGGCUGAGUGAAACGCACUGAUUCCACGGCAGUGUCUGGAUGAAGGUUUACAGAUCACAUGCAGCUAUUCAGAAUGGCCACAAGAUAAAAAUAUUUACCAAAAAAGAAAGUCCACAAAGUAUCUCCAUUUUUUUUAGUGGAUUUGUUAAUGCUGUAAGGUAACUGACAAUUAAUAAUUUGGUUGCAGUAUUAUGCAGAUUAAUCAGACCUCCCAGAACCUCCCUGGUAAAAUACCAGCUGAACCAAAAAGCCAUCACACUUCAGAUACUCCCCCCUGUCUCUAAAGCCAGGUUGUAUAUACAAAAAAUACUUCAGAUUAGAGAGGUUUUGAUAAAGACGUGCAAAAACGAUGACCCUGUACCUCACAAGACCUAUGGUGACUGGAGCCAGGAAUACUACUCAGAACCAAGCCGGGCACACCGGUGCUGGCUGAGGCAGCCCCACAUGCUGCUGGCACUGCGCAGCAGAGCUGGCAAGGAAGCUCCCUGUAAAGGCUCACCAGCGUCAGCCAUGAACCAGGCAGGUCCCCAGCAGCUCCCUCCAUGUUGCGCUGCUGGAAUGGUACUUGCUAACACCUGUUACGUUCUGCGUGGAAGUGCCUUGUACCAACACUUCCUUUUUCCACUGAAAACGCAGAAACCACUUGCAUGAAACCAUUUUAAGUGAAAUACAUGAAGACUUUUAAGAAGGAAGCCAGUCAUGGACAAAAACAUUACUUUUUAAUGCUGCACUUAAAGUUUGUAAACUUGGCAGGGGUAGGAGCACUGACGUGCAGUUCACAAAGAUGGAAACUGCAGCCAACUCUUAGUUUCAGUUAAUUGCUCUUCAUUCUGGCACUCUCUACCAUCUCCCUCCUCCCAGCCAUGGGCACAAAGCAUCACAUUUUGGCAGAAAUGUUCCUCCCUGUUCUUGUGCUCAUUCCUGUGUCUUUGGGAAGGCCCAAGCUGCUGCUUAGUUUUUGAGAUAAUUUUCUGUGGAUUUUUGAAUUCUCCAAAUACCUUUAAAUUCUACAGUAAAGUUUUAUUUUUGUAGGACUGCUAUUAAGCUAUCCUGAUUUCUUUUUCCCAGAUCAAACAGCGUUACUUUCUACUACCACAUUGUACGUGGCUAGGAGUAGUGUAAAAGGAAUGCAGUAGCAUUAUGUGUGCUUUAAACACUGAGAAAGAUAUAAAGAAAAAUGCAUAUACAAAGUUUUACUUUCCUAAUAGGAACACUGUCAUUAGCAAAUAGCAUAUUUGAACCAAUAGGAAAUAUUACUUUGUAGUAGCAAACACUUUGUAAAUAAAAACUUGUUAUUUUUUUAAUGGAAAUUUUAUAGAAGCUAUUUCUGUAUACUCAGUUGAUUCCAUGUUUACUGAAAAUGCUGCAAGUGGGAAUUGUACAUUGAAAAUGGGGGUGGGAGCAAUGGCUGACCGCAGCAGCAACAGCUGCGUGCUGGAGAGAAACAGCACCCGGCUGCUGCGAGUGGGAAGGGCAGCCUGACUGUACAGGAACUAAAUAAAGGCAUUUCAAGGCAACUACA